CGCCGCGGCGCACGAGGCGGCCGGCGGGCGGGGGGAUUCGAGGUGGGCGCGCCGCGGCGCCAGUGCGUCACGCCGGCGGAGGGACGGUGGGCUGCGGCCGAGCGAGGCCGCGCGUCCCCGGGGCUCGGCGGAGCGGCGGCUCAUUCAUUCGCGCUCCGCCUUCGGGCCCCCGCGGCGCGGCCGAGAGGAUGGCGUUCCCUGUGGAUUUGCUGGCUAACUGUACGCAUGAGGAAUUGGAAAACUCUGCUGAGGAUUACCUCUCCAGCCUAAGGUGUGUGGACCCUGAGAGCCCAGAGCGCUUUUCUACCCUCGACACUACGAUUCCUAUUAGCCUGUCAAAUGUGGGCUUUGUACCUCUUUAUGGUGGCAGUCAGACCCAGAAAGUCCUUGCUCUCUUUGCACCUGAAGAUUCACUCACAGCUGUGGCACUUUACCUUGUUGAUCAAUGGUGGGCCGUUGAUGAUAUUGUGAAAACAUCUGAACCUUCUAGAGAAGGGCUGAAGCAGGUGAGCACUCUUGGAGAAAGAGUGGUUCUGUAUGUUCUCAAUCGAAUUAUUUAUAGAAAACAGGAAAUGGAGAGGCAUGAGAUCCCAUUCCUGUGUCAUAGCAGUACUGACUAUGCUAAGAUUCUGUGGAAGAAAGGAGAGGCCAUUGGGUUUUAUUCAGUUAAGCCUACAGGAAGCUUAUGUGCCUCAUUUCUUACUCAGAAUUACCAACUGCCAGUUCUUGAUACAAUGUUUAUAAGAAAGAAAUAUAGAGGAAAAGAUUUGGGGCUUCACAUGCUGGAGGAUUUUGUUGAUUCCUUCACAGAAGAUGCACUUGGCUUGAGAUACCCACUGUCUUCUCUCAUGUACACAGCUUCCAAGCAAUACUUUGAAAAGUAUCCGGGAGAUCAUGAACUUCUUUGGGAAGUUGAAGGUGUGGGUCAUUGGCAUCAGCGGAUACCAGUCACCAGAGCAUUACAGAGAGAAGCAAUUAAAGUUACAGAGAUUUCUCAAUAUGAAGCCAAAAGACCUGUAUCUGUAGAAUAUGGCCUUGCUGCUGUAUCAGAAUAUGAACCUGAAAUGGAAGACAGCCAAUCUAGUGAAAUGCAGAUCCAUUCCCUAAAAGAUGCCUUUGCUAGCACUUCUGAAGGUCUCGAAAAGACACCCGUUUCCACUCGCACGCGAAGCGGUCACCUAAAACGACCGAAGAUUGGAAAGCGGUUUCAGGAUUCUGAAUUUAAUAGUUCUCAAGGUGAAGAUGAAAACAGUGCCCAGACUUCACCUACCGCUCCAAUGAACAAACUAGAGUCCGCUGCACGUCCGUCAGAGAGCUCAGAAGAGUUCCUGGAAGAAGAACCAGAGCCGAGAGUGACCGAGUGUGAAGAUGGGAGCAGCGAUAAAGAUGCACCGCCUGCCCCGGACACUCAGCCACGCCUGGACAGACAAGAUGUGGACAAAGACUCUGCAUUAGAGCCUGUGAAUGGUGAGGUAAUGGAUGAUGCCGUUAAGACCUCACUUGUAACUGAAGAGGAAGACUCCACCAGUGAAGGUCUUGAAGAAGAGUUAAAAGUUGCACCUUUUAAUUCCAGCGGAGAGACUGUGAAUCUUGUUCCACUGGUAGCAGAAUCUUCAAAAGCUUCUGAGGCUAUACCAGAGAAGACUUCACCUGUUACUGACUCAGAAAUGUUGCCAGAUCAAGGCCCAUCUGAUGAUAAAGGAUUUAUUACAGAAAAACUGUCUCUAGUUUCAAAAAAGAAAACACAUUUGGGGAGCUCAGACAGUGUUGCCACUGUAUCAAAUGAAGAAAAGUCUGACAGUGAUUUUCCAAAUUCUGUAGCAGCAGAAUUUCCUGAGGAACCAGUCUCUGAGAAUUUAACACCCACCAUGACUUCCUCAUUGGAAGAUCAGGGUGAGGAAGGGGCACCUGAGGCCCAGGAGCCAUCUGCUGCUCAGAGUUCUCUGAUAGAAGUAGAACUUGAAGAUGUGCCCUUUCCACAGAAUGCAGGACAGAAGAACCAGUCAGAGGAGCAGUCAGAAGCGUCAUCUGAGCAGCUGGACCAGUUGGCACCGUCAGCAGAGAAAGCUGUGGACAGCAGCUCCGAGGAGAUAGAAGUGGAAGCACCUGUCGUAGAUAGGCGCAGCCUGAGAAGAAAGGCCAAAGGGCAUAAAGGGCCUGGCAAGAAGAAAGCCAAGCUGGCCUAAAGGACAAAGAAACGAAACGCAGACGAUAAAUCCUCUUCUCUGUAACAUAGUUCUUGUUUUUAAAUCAUGGGAAUUGAUAAACAGCAUGGGGCAAAGGACAAAUUGCAAAAUUUCAUGAUGAACUCUUUUUUUUCCAUUCAUUUAUUUACUUUAUUUUAUUUAGUAUAGUGUAAAAGAGGGUAGAUGGGCUGGGAGGUUGAUAGAGAGCCUGUGGGUCAAGAGGAAGGGCUGUCUUCCCAGGCUGGAGUGAGGAAGAUUCUUUUGUGUGUGUGAUUUGUGCCUUGGGAAGGAGGGCCAGUCAGUCCAGAUGGGCUGGGGUGUAGUCUGUGGCCUUAUCGAGAAGAACCCAUCUUCUGGCCCUGACUUUGACCCUGGCCUCUCUCCUGAUUCCCUUGCAGAUCGUGCUGGGAGAUAUUUUUAGUGAAAGUAUUUCAUGGUUGCUAUAUGCUGAGAGCCCUUUCUGCUCCUUCCAUGAGCCUUCAGUUGGCCAUGAAGGUGUAGAUGGGAGCCACACACUGCUGGACCCCUCUUCCAGAUGCCUACUUUGAACUUCUUUACACAUGGAGGUUUUCUCUUUAGGACUAGGAUUCAUCAUUCUUCUUAAUUUUUCAGGCUAUUUUCUGUAAGUAACUUAUUUUAUGAACCAUGGGUCAGUUUUGAGAAUCCAUGUCAUAUUUUUUUCAGCAGGUAGAACAUCUAACUAUUGAUAUUUUAAAACUACAAAUUAAAAGAACUAGUACACUUUGAUCAUAGAAACCUUUUAUACUACGGGUUUUAAUGGUAAAACUUGGUGAGGGUUCUCAAAGUUUUAUCUUAGUAUCAAAAACAAUCUCCAUUUUUAAAGUGCAGGCAUAUGUAAACAAAACAAAUCCAUGUCAAUAAAUAUAAUCUCAAGUGAGAGGACAAACAUAGUUUAUGGUCAUUGGCUUAUGAAGAUUGUUGUAGUUAUUUCUUACUAUCAGUUGUAGAUGCAGUUUCUUCAGCUUAUGUGGAGAGGUACACACAGUCUAGACUUUGUAUCUUCUGAUGAUAACAGUAACAGUAUUGUUAGAUUUAACUGUGGCACAUGGAUACAUAAUUUAAAACUCCAGCUGAUGUAUUAGUUUGCUAUAUUUUUUCUCUGUAUAUUUGCAGAUGCUGAAAAGCUUGAGUACACUUUUUAAUCUGCUAAACACCUCAAGUAGUUGAAUUUAGCAUAUAGUUUAAUUUGGACUGUGGUCCUGAUCAGUUACUACAAGUAUAUGCCCUUAGCUAGACCUCUUUUAUUCUGCUGCUGCUCACUCACUGUGAUUCUUGUCCAAAGAUUUCCAUCUAGCUUACCAGCCGUUCUGUCCAUUUUUGGAUAGGUUUAGAACUGUACCCCACCAUCUUUAGACCUAGAUCAUAAGCGUAAAACUGCCCUGAGUUAUACAAAAGCCUAAGUUCUGUCAGGUUCUGCUGUCCCUUUGGGUCGGACAUAUGCUUUAGAUGUAUUCUGAGUGCUGGUUGCAAGCUACCCCUAUGAGUACUUUAUUUCCAUGGCAAGAGCAUUUGAUAUUUUAGAGAAACUUUUUUUCCUUGACAGUAGGAAUGAACAAAAUGGUUAUUAGACUCCAUAGAAAAUUUAUCAGUAGUACUGUGAUUAGUACUUCAAUUGGAUAUUAUUUUUGAGACCAUUUAGUUUUUGAAACAGUUUGAACCUUGUGAGACAAAUGCUGGGAUUUUGUAUCCUUAUAUUUGAGGUGCUGUGAGUUAAUGUUCAGUUAAUUUGGUCUUCACAGGUGAUCUGGUGAUGUCACGUCUUACAUUUUAUUUAGGGAUGCUGGUAUUUUAAGUCUUAAUGAGUUACAGUCUUUAAACAGACCAAAUACCCUUGUGUGAUUGUAGAACACCUGCACAUACCUGUUUCUUCAAUUUCUGGUUAGAAGUUGUUAGAUGAUUUCAUUCCAAGUGAAAAUUAUGCUUGGGACAAUUUUUCUCAGUAAAUGCUAAGUUAAAGAAUAAUUAUGAUUAACCCUGACUUUGCCAAAUGCUGAUGCUGUAUUCAUUUGGAGAAACUUUUGGUUAACAUCUCAACUAGAAAUAGUAACUGAAGAGUUUAAGAUUCAGAAACUUACAAUCUAAUUUUCAGUUUAAAUAUAUAUUUAAAAAUUUUUUUUUUUUUUUUUUUUGCUAUUUGUUUCCCUUACAUUCUUUAAAUGUUUUUAAGAGAUUGCAUUCACUGGCAGCUCUGUGUGAAUAGUCUCUAGAGCUAAAAUUUUCACAUAUUACACUAGGGACUAGCAGUAUAAACUUAUACUUACCAAACUUGUUUGAUAUAAAUGGAAUUCAGAGAGAUUUCAAACAUUUUGUUCAGCACACAAGAAAAUUUGUUACUUAUUGUCUGUGACAGAAGUUAAAGUUUAUAGAUCCCAGAGGCCAGGUCACUGGAAAAAUCUUUCAUAUUCAGUAACAUGUUGAUUAUAUAAACUUUGUAAUAAAAGUUAUGUUCAGUAGGGAAUCUAAAUAAACUUAAGUUUUUGCAAGGUAUUAGGAGGACUUCUGUGAUUUCAAGCAGCUGCUGAGUGUUCAGUCAUAUUCUAUAGUCUCUUGAACUGGUACUUUUCUGAAGUUCCCUUCUGGUGUAUAUACAUAUAUAUUUCCUAUGUAACAUACAGCAGAUGAGUAUUCGCAAAAUUUUAGUUCUACUUUCAAACUGAAACUAUUAGACCACAGAAAAAUGUAAGAAUUUUACUGUAAAGCCCCUCUACCAGUUUUAAAGAAAUGAAACGGCAUGACUUUGAACGUCGGUCUUCUACAUGUGCUCCCAGCCCAUCGAUUUGCAGAGUAAGGGGACAUGUGGCCAGUGGUUGUCUGCUUUUAACAGGCGACCUCGUGUUUGCAGCAUAAGGGUCUGAUUUUAGAAUAGGGUACCUUCAAGCCCUUUCCGUCAAAUGAACGUCUGCUGGCGAUUGUCUUCCUUUUGUGAUUACUUUCUAGGGUGUGGUCACACCAGCAAACUCACACUUCAAUGUAAAUAAUUUAUACUAACACUACACAUAUGUAACUAUUUUAGAAAUCAGUUUCUGCCUUUCAUGUCCAUUAACAAUCUGGUGUUUUUGGUGUGGUCUGUUACAGAUGUCAUGCUUGUUUUCAUACUUCCUGCCAUGCUAUUUUGGUACAAGAUUGUUUGCUGUUUUUAACUCUGAAACAAUAAGCAAAUGCACCUCAGCAAUACUCACUGCUCACCUGAGGUCAGGCUUCCUUUCACUGUAACUUAGGCAAAUAGACGUUACCCAUUUUUAUUGGUUGGAAACUGUUAAUAUCAUUGUAAAAAGGGUCCUGAAGUGAUGUGUCUGUACCAAAUGGUCACUUCCAAGAAACUAGCCUUCCUUUUUGCUAACCAUCUUUAUACGUCCUAAAACUUAAAAAAGAAAAUGUUAUAUUAAAAUGUCAUAUUAAUCAGAGUACCAAGUCUUGCUGGAGAACUUACGGUUUGUUUCCUUGCUAGGGUUUUUUCCCCCUUUAAUGUUUAAAAUAGUAAUUAAACCUAUAUUUUGUGAUUGUUUUCUAGUCUGUUAGUUUUAAAUCCCCCCUCCACCCCCCCGUUUCAUUCAUGAAGAAGUGCUUAAGAUACUGUGUUAGCCAUUGAAUAACUGUUAAAAGGCACAACUCAUCACACUGGCUGUAUUGCGAAGGCAGACUUAAGAAAAUAAACAAUUUAAAGCAAGUUGCCGACUACAGAUUAAUAUACUCUCUGAAGCUCAAGGCCAUGACCAUAUGAUUCAUACAUCACAGGAGAGCGUGGAUUACCUUAUAACACCUAAUGACCUUAGUCUCACAUCUCAGGGCAUUGGCAGUUUAGAAUUAUCUAAAACAAUUUUUAACAUCACUGUGGCAGUAUAAAUGCACUCCCUAUUUUUAGAAUAGACUAUAGAUUUACACUUGACUUCACUCAAGUACUGCAUAAAGCAUUAAUUGUAAGUGAAAAAAAUUUUCAGUCUAAAUUUACCUUCCUGUAUUUUUAUUGUAUUUUAUUUACUUAUUUUUGUUUUUGGAGACAGGGUUUCUCUGUGUACCGUUGGCUGUCCUGGGCUCACUUUGUAGACCAGGCUGGCCUCAAACUCCUAGAGAUUCACCUGCCUCUGCCUUUCAGUGCUUCAUUUUUUUAGGAUUAAUGGCAACAAAAUGGAAAAUAUCUAAUUAAAUUUCCUAGCCUACUCAGUAAUUGUUUUCAUUGACCUUUAAGGGUCUUACAACUACACUGGUAGCCUGCACUGCAGCAUGCCCACUCUUUGUUGAAUGAUUUAAUUUUAUUGUAUGUACAUUAGUGCGAAGGUGACAGAUCCCUUGGAACUGACCUUACUGACAGUUAAAAGCUGCCACGUGGGUGCUGGGAAUUAAAUCAGCGUCCUCUGGGAGAG